AUAUCUACACAUCUUAAAUCUAUAAAGGGUAAAUUAUGGAUUUUUUUCUACAGGAAUGUCUGUCAGAAAUACAAGGACAUCAUCUCUAAAAGUCAUCAGAUCUAUUCAGGAACUCCUGCUAUCUACCAGCUAAACGUAGAAAAAACAGAGCUCGAAUCCCUGACUCAAAUCACUUUUGGUAAAAAAAACAUCAACAAGAUAAACAAAACUAUCUUAUUUGUUGGAGAAUCAGGGGCUGGAAAAUCAACCCUGAUCAACACUAUGGUCAACUACGCCAUGGGAGUCAAGUGGGAGGAUAAAAUCUGGUUUCAGAUUGUAGAGGAGGACGGGAGGAAUCAGUCUGACAGUCAGACAACAGACGUGAUCGUGUACGAGAUUUUUGGUUUUGAAGGUAAAACUAUGCCGUUCUCCCUGACCAUCAUCGAUACUCCUGGAUUUGGAGACACCAGAGGGAUUGAAUAUGAUGCAAAUGUCAGUCACAGAUUGUUUGACUUGUUUCGAUCAGAAGAUGGAGUUUAUGAGAUUCAUGCAGUGGGUUUGGUGAUGAAGGCUACAGAUAAUCGUGUUAAUGACAGAUUAUCGUAUGUCCUGAACUCAGUGAUGUCUCUUUUUGGAAGAAACCUAGAGAACAACAUUGUUGCUCUUCUCACUCACUCAGAUGGACAGAGACCCAGAAAUGCCAUUGAAGCCCUUGAACAAACAAAAAUUAAAUGUGCCAAAAAUGAAAAGAACCAGCCUGUUUACUUUCUGUUUGAUAACUGCCAGAAUGAAGACCGAACAGAAGAAGAAGAUGCAGAAUUCCUGCAAAUAGCAGACAAAAUUUCAGACAAAGGAAUGAGAGCACUCACAGAAUUCCUGCAAAACACUGCACCUAAAAGACUGAUGACCACUGCUCAAGUUUUGAAUGAGCGCAUCAGCCUGAUGGCCUCUGUCCAAAACCUCCAGGCCAGAAUCCAACUGACUGAACAGAAACAGAAGGAAAUCAAUGCAAUCCAAGAGGCUCUAAAGAAACAUUCAGAGGAGAUGAGUAGGAAUGAAAACUUCACUGUAGAAAUUGUGGGGGUCUACAAGGUGAAGGAACCUACUAAAAGCAGAAAGCUGUUUAUGCUUAGUUUUUUUGAAAAAGCUAUGUGCUGCACAGUCUGUGAGGAAAACUGUCACUAUCCUGGAUGUACACUUGCUCUGAGUCCAUCCUACUGCGAAGUCAUUCAAGAAGGCCGCUGCACUGUCUGCACUGGGAAAUGUCCUGCAUCGGCUCAUGUAAGAGAGGCCUGGAGAUAUGUCAACAAGACCAGGAGAGUUCAGUGGACUAUGAAAGCUAUGGAAGAGAAGUAUAUGAAGAACAAGGCAGAUUGCGAGAAGAAGGUAAGCCUUUUAAAACACAUGGAAAAGGACAUGAAGGAACUUUCAACACAGAAGUCCCAACUUGUCGAUGAAGCCUUCAGACACGUUGUUCGACUGGAGCAGAUCGCCCUGAAGGUUGAUUCAGUUUCUACAUUUUUGUACUUGGACUUUCUGAUUGAGAAGCUGAAAGAAAAGGGAGAUGGAGCAAAGGUGCAGAAACUGGAGGAGAUGAAGAGCAGACAGGAUGAAGGAACUAAAUUAGCACUGCAGUAUGUGUGGGGUAAAAUAACAGACACAAUGUAAUGAACAUCAGAGAAACACUAAGAUACCUU